AUGAAACGACUCGUCACACAUCCAUCCAUUCGCCGACGACUAUCCAGUGGGGUCUUACAUGUUGGUUUUCGAGGGAAUGCGGCUCAAGUAGUGCCAUCAUCACCUGCUGCAACACCGGCUGAUUUGUUGCAUCAAUGGCAAGCACGGACUUACUCCACGACGCGCCCCACCAAGAUGGCUGAAACAGUGUCCAUCACGUACGUGGAAGCGGACGGAACGGAGAGGGAGGUUCAGGCUGAACUCGGCAAAAAUCUUUUGGACGUGGCACACGAUAACAAUGUGGAACUGGAAGGUGCCUGUGGAGGUGAAUUGGCGUGCUCUACCUGUCACCUCGUAUUCGAACAAGAAAUCUAUGAUACCCUUCCUGAAAAGGACGAUGACGAAGAGGACAUGCUGGAUCUGGCAUUUGAGCUCACGGAAACAUCUCGCCUUGGUUGUCAAAUACUCGUGACGGAAAACUUUGAUGGCAUGAAGGUGAAGAUCCCUGAUGAUGGCUUUUAA